AUGUCCUUUGAAGGGUUACAGGAGCGCCUGACGGCCCUGCAAGAGACCACGGCCCAGCUUAAGGAGCUUAUCGACAGGCUUCAGAACCUCGAUUUCCCACCGGGAUCGGUGCCCCUUGGCGCGGACGAGGAGAACGGUGUCGGUGCGGAGCUGAGCUCGGAGAUUAGCCAGAUUCUCAGGGAGGAGGAUGACGAGCUGGAACUCCUCGGGGAGGAGGUCGAGGACCUCAGGGAUGGGAGGCCGGGAAGCGAGGCGGAGCAUACCAAGACCCGUCUAAAGGAUGGCGUGGAGAGGCUGAGGCAGGAACUCAAGAGUUCACGAGUCACCUUCCGCAAGGCGCAGCUUACCGCGAGGCGCAAUCUUUCCCAUGCGCAGCGUCUCGAGCGCGAACUCCUCCUCCAGUCCUACUCGCAGCCCGUCUCCGAAGCACCCUCCCCGUCCCUCGGCGCUCAAAAGCCGGACGUGAUCCGCCACCGACAGGUGCACCAGACCACCCAAAACACGAGCUCGUUGACCGAGGACGACAAGCAAACGGUCGGCGCAAGCAGCAACGUCACGAGUGCGCUGCGGCGCACGCACGACCUCAUUGCGGCGGAGCUGGCCCGCAGCGAGUUCGCGCACCAGACCUUGACGGAGUCGUCCGCAGCGCUGGCGCAGCUUAAUGACUCGUAUGGUUCGCUCGACACGAUGCUCGCGAGCUCGAAGGACUUACUGGGCACCUUGCUCCGCUCGCAGAAGAGCGAUACUUGGUACCUGCAGACGGCGCUUUACAUGCUUAUGGCGACGGGCGCGUGGUUGCUGUUUCGGAGGCUAUUGUACGGGCCAUUGUGGUGGCUGCUGUGGCUGCCAUUGCGGCUGAUGUUUAACAUCACAGUCGGCGGCGGCGGGGCGAUGAUCAAGUAUGCAGGGUCUGGAGAGCCGUCGGAGGCGGUGGUGGUGAACGAGGGCAAGAUUGAUGUCGAGGGCUUGCCGGAUGACUCGCUGCCCACCGUGGUGGUCGCGCGGGAGCCGCAACGAUCGGCGGCCAGUGGGGACGAUCCCGAGUCGCUGGUCAACAAGGUGGGUAGAAUUGUGGAGGAAAUGCCGGCCGAGAUCGGCGAGGAGACGACGACAGACGACGGAGACCCGGUAGACGUCGGAGCUGCCGUUGACCAGACGUCCAGCGACGAGCUGAAGCAGGGGGCGCCAGAGGAAGUAAGGCAGCGUGACGAGCUUUAG